UCAGAGGGCCUUAUACAAAGAUGUCAUGAUGGAAAAUUAUGAGAAUGUGGCCUCACUGGGAUUUCUGGUUCCCAAGCCUAACCUCAUCUCUCGCCUGGAGCGAGGAGACGACCCGUGGCUGCCGGAUUCUCCGGGCGUGGAUGACCGCCUCUCAGGUGGCUUGAGAAAAAAGAAUGUGUGCCGCAAGUGUGGCAGAAGUUUUGCUCAGAAAUCGGAUCUUGUCAUGCAUCGCAUCGUUCACAUGGGUGAGAAACCCUUCAAGUGUUUGGAAUGCGCAAAAUAUUUUGUUCACCAUUCUGAGCUUGUGAAACACCAGCGGGUCCAUACAGGAGAGAGACCCUUUAAAUGCCUAGAGUGCGGGAAAUGUUUUUCACGUCAAUCAGUUCUUGUGAAUCACCACAGAAUCCACACGGGAGAGAAACCCUAUCAGUGCUUGGAGUGUGUAAAAUGCUUCACCCAGCGAUCACAACUUGUCAGACACCGACGGGUCCACACGGGAGAGAAGCCGUACAAAUGCUUGGAGUGCGGAAAAUGUUUUGCUCGUCACUCGGUCCUUAUUAAUCACCAAAGAGUCCACACGGGAGAGAAACCAUACAAAUGCUUGGAGUGUGCCAAAUGCUUUGCGCGUCAGUCGGUUCUUGUGAACCAUCAGAGAGUCCACACUGGAGAGAAACCCUAUAAAUGUCAGGAGUGUGGGAAACGUUUCGCUCACCAGUCAAACCUUGUGAAUCACCAGCGAGUCCAUACAGGGGAGAAACCCUACAAAUGCUUGAAGUGUGGGAAAUGUUUUGCUCAACAGUCAGAUCUUGUGAAACACCGUAGGAUCCACACCGGGGAGAGACCCUACAAAUGCCUGGAGUGUGGGAAGUGUUUUGCGAUACAUUCGGAUGUAGCGAAUCACCAAAGAGUCCACACAGGAGAGAAGCCCCAUAAAUGCCUGGAGUGUGGGAAAUGUUUUGCUCAACGGUCAGCCCUUGUGAGCCAUCAAAGAGUCCACACAGGCGAGAAACCCUACAAAUGUUCGGAGUGUGAGAAAUGUUUUGCUCAGCUGUCGAACCUUGUGAAGCACCAGAGAAUCCACACAGGGGAGAAACCCUACAAGUGCAUGGAGUGUGGGAAAUGUUUUGCUCGGCACUCACACCUUCGUGUGCACCACAGAGUCCACCUGGGAGUGAAAUCCUAUGAACGCCGCAAAUGUGGCGAAAGCUUUGUAGAGAAAGGAAAGUUUAUUCAGUAUCAGAUAGCCAACACGGGUGAAAUACAUUCCAAAUAAUCCCAGUUUAGUAACAUAUACCCUUGAAAGUAGUGCUUUCUUGAUAUCAGAUAGUCCCUCCUGGCUUUGAUACUCCAUAGUAC